AUGCAAAGUUACUUUUUCUACUUUACUACUUUAAAAUUUCACCCAACAAAUCCCAAGGCUUUGGACCGCCAUUCUCUCGGUGCAUGCGCUGAAUUAGGUCUUACUUUUAAUUUGAUAGUUGCUCUGGAGAUUAUUGGCUUAUACGUGAUCCUAGUGGAAGAGUCGAGCCCAAGCAAGUGAAAAAUGAUUGUUUGAUCUUGAAAAAAUUAUCAAACAUGUAUUACUUUAUGUAAAAAAUAAUAACGAUAAUGAUAAUGAUAAGGAAUUUUUAUAGCGCUCAAACUUUAAACAAUAUUCAGAAGCGCUUUACAUAAGUUAAAGUUCUAUACUAAUUAAAAUUUAAAUAUUCAAAGGCAAUAUACAUUAGAUCUAUCAAAACAAACUAAAAGCUUUCCUAAUUAGAAAUGUUUUAAGUUGCUUUUUAAAAACGGUAAGGCUACUACUUGUGGCCUACUACUACUUGUAAGAAAUAAAAGGAAAAAUAUCAGUUUGAAAGGACUGGUUAAUAAAUAACAUAUUAAAUAAUUUCUACAAAUACAGGCCUUACCUUUCCAUUUGCACUCAAAAAAGUACUUUUUCUUUGCCAGGUGUUUCAAACAUAAAAGAUGUGUUUUCAUGUCCAGUUUUAAUUUAAUCUCCCACCAACUCUUUUUAUUUUCAACUUUGCAUUUUAAAUUAUUUUCUUCUUCACUGAACUUUUUCAUAAAAGAGCUGAUCGCAACCUUUCCAGUAUUUCCAUAUUCUUUUUACCUAGAAGUUGUGAUAAUUGCAUUAUAAACCUGCAGGACUUGUGUUUGCAUUUAAAUUUCAAAACAGAGCUGUGGGGUAAUUGGAAACGUAUUGUUAAGAAAACAAAAGGUCAAAGCUGUAUUAUUAUAGUUAAAUAGAAAAAUAGACUUUCAGACGAAGAUCACGGAAUGAAUUACUUUACAAUUGGUACUAACGGUGCAAACUUAUACACAAAGGUAUGAGCGGGUCGCGCGGUUUUUUUUUAUUAAAAUCAACGGGUGGGUUGAAAAUUUCUCUCCUUUUCUGUCUUGUCUGACUAUUUUGUCUGUAGGCAGGUGAUUUAUAUGUUCCAUACAUUUACUAAUCAUAAGUUUGUCCUUAGAUUCUCUUGACAGAUGUUUCUGCAAGUCGAGUACCUGUUUGUAGUCGUCUUGUUCUCGGCGGCAAAGACAACUGAAGGAGCCGAAAAUGGCGUUUUCUUUCAAAUCAAAGAAAACACUUUUUUCAGCUACAGAGAAGGAAGCCUCUUUUGGUCUGGAGAAACUGAUUCUUUGCUUUCCUGUUCGGUUUUGUGUGCGAGACAAACUUCGUGCAGAAGUGCAAACUUUCUGGAAAACCCAGGACUUUGUUACCUUCUUCGCGGCGAAAUGCAAACAAGUUCAGUAACAGGGUGGGUUAAAAUUUCUUAACUUAUUCAUAAAGGUAUGAGCGGGUCGCGCGGUUUUUUUAAUUAAAAUCAACGGGUGGGUUGAAAAUUUCUCUCCUUUUCUGUCUUGUCUGACUAUUUUGUCUAUAGGUAGGUGAUUUAUAUGUUCCAUACAUUUACUAAUCAUAAGUUUGUCCUUAGAUUCUCUCGACAGGACUUUUGUUUUCAUUUAAAUGUCAAAAUAGAGUCUCCCACCAACUCUUUUUAUUUUCAACUUUGCAUUUUAAAUUAUUUUCUUCUUCACUGAACUGUUUCAUAAAAGAGCUGAUCGCAACCUUUCCAGUGUUUCCAUAUUCUUUUUACCUAGAAGUCGUGAUAAUUGCAUUAUAAACCUGCAGGACUUGUGUUUGCAUUUAAAUGUCAAAACAGAGCUGUGGGGUAAUUGGAAACGUAUUGCUAAGAAAACAAAAGCUCAAAGCUGUAUUAUUAUACUUAAAUAGAAAAAUAGACUUUCAGACGAAGAUCACGGAAUCAAUAAUAAAUUUACAGUUGGCACUAACGGUGCAAACUUAUACACAAAGGUUUGAGCGUGUCGCGCGCUGUUUUUGUUAAAAUCAAAGGGUGGGUUAAAAUUUCUCUCCCUUUCUGUCUUGUCAGACAAUUUUGUCUGAAGGCAGGUAAUUUAUAUGAUCCAUACAUUUUCUAAUCAUAAGUUUGUCCUAAGACUCUCUCGACAGAUGUUUCUGCAAGUCGAGUACCUGUUUGUAGUCGUCUUGUUCUCGGCGGCAAAGACAACUGAAGGAGCCGAAAAUGGCGUUUUCUUUCAAAUCAAAGAAAACACGUUUUUCAGCUACAGAGAAGGAAGCCUCUUUUGGUCUGGAGAAACUGAUUCUUUGCUUUCCUGUUCGGUUUUGUGUGCGAGACAAACUUCGUGCAGAAGUGCAAACUUUCUGGAAAACCCAAGACUUUGUUACCUUCUUCGCGGCGAAAUGCAAACAAGUUCAGGAACUGAGCGACUUUUACAGCGAGAUGGCUCUUUCUAUCUGACAAAGGUAUUUGGCAUUGAUGACAUACCAUGUUUUUUGGUGACAACUUCCGAUAAUGUACACUUUAUCACGAACAAGUUUAAGGGCCUUCCCGCACUAGUAGACAAAAUUAGAAUUGCCCGGUUAAAAUGAAAGGACAAAUUUUGUCAUGACAAAUUUUUGUUCCGUCUGUUAUAUAUAAAAGCCGUCAAAUUCCGUCAACGCCCGAUCUAUUCAUAAGACCAGCCAGCAUAGUUUGCCGAGGAUUUCACCUGUUUGUUUAUGAUGAUUGGAAAUUUGUCAAAAUAAACCGUGACGUUUUCGCUAGUGCGGAAUGGCCUUAAUUUUCUUUCCUAGCUGAUGUACGAUAGAGAUUUUUUGAAAGCGAUAAAGAUAAAUGCUACGAUCAUUUCACGAAACAAAAACUCCGCAAACUUUUUGAUUUAGCUCAUCAGAUCUACGUAUGAGACUUGAUCGGGCGUUUAAAGUAAUUUGCGCUUUAGCAGGAAAAAAGCUGAAACAUGAGAGGACAUUUGUGGAGGAACGUGAAUGAAUUGAGAUGAGACCUUAUAGGAAAGGUUGAGACGACAAGACCCACAGAAGCUUGUCUUAACAUCAAGACCAUAAUUUAAAACUUUAUGAAACGUUCAAUUAUAAACAGAAGCCACUAACAACUGAAAUAAGACCACAGUCGCCCGGUGAGCCUUCAACAAUUUCGUACAUAUGCACAUAACUCGAAGUGCGGAUACUAACUAUAAAUGUCUUGUUUAACUCCAAUUUAGAUCGACCUUCCAGAAAGAACUGAUUUACCCCAAGGUGAGAGCUAGGAAUUCAGUUUUAUUAAGAUCAGUAACCCGAGCACUAAUGUAAAUUACCACCCAUAGCUAUUGGAUAAACCUUGAUGCACCAAAACAAACUUGACCUUUAUAAUUUUCAAUUUCUUCAUUUCUACCACGUUUUGGUGUCCUCCAUGUUCUUCCCCUCUUCCAUUAUCCUUCCUGGCCUAUUGCUACCAAUUUUAAUUUUUUUUUUUGCACUGAAUACUUUUUCCUUAAUUUCGAUUGUCAUUAAAGUAAACACAAAAAAUCGGGACAGUUAUACAGCUACGUAGAAUGGUUUCGACUGUCUUAGUAGUUGUACGUUCACCAAUAAAAUCAUUUAUUUACAAGGUUGAUAGUGAGGAAAUGAUUGAGCCUGAAUCCUAAUUGUCUGAGACAACUCAACGGAAUUGGAAAAAAAAAGGAAAGAUAAAUCCAAGUUAGAACGCAUGUCAGGAAACGUUGGGCCGGUGUUUAAGUUUAGAUCCUUUUAAAUUGCUCAAUAACAUAAAAUUAGUUCAGUCUUGUUUGAUACUCGUAACUGAAUUUAGGUUGCCAGCUCUAUUUUCCCUUACAUGGCUUUAGUAAACAUAGAGGAUACUUCAGUAGACUCACUUUCAAUUUUCAAUUCUAUGACUGUAGAGCAAAACAUCUCUCUACCCCCUGGUUCUAACCAGGACUCAGCAGUAACCUCGUGCCAGACUCUCCUCAAACAGUCUCCCGCUACGUCUACGGGUGUUUAUUGGAUCGAUCCUGAUGGAGGAUCCAAGGCCAACGCUUUCAAGGCUUACUGUGACAUGGAAACGAAUAGAGGGGGCUGGACAUUAGUAUGGAGCUAUUCCUUUACUAACUACAGUCAUUUUAACGAUCAUUCAAAUGCAAUCACUCCUAGGCCAAAUUGGCCGGCCAAAAAUGAAGUGAAUGUUCCUAUCUCUACAAUUUCUCCAUUAAAUGAAACAGACUACAACGCCAUGAACUUCUCACUCUGGAAAACACUCGGUAGACAGAUCCUCAUCAAGAGCAACAUAAACAACUGGCUGUUGUGUCAACCGGUAACUGGCAGCCUGGUUGAUUGGCAGAAAGGUGACGUCAACUGUACUAUCACAAAAUACGUGGCUGACCCUGGAGAAUCAGCUUCGGCGCCUUCCAAGUUUUCACCAAAAAUCGACCAUGGACCAAUGUUCCAUUCGAGUGGGCGCUGGGUCAGCAACUUUUAUUAUUUUAAUGGUUACACGGGCAAAUAUUGGCCUACCCAUGAUCCUUGUGGAAGAAAUGGGCCCAACCAAAAGAAAAAUGUUCUUGAUCCACACGGUAACAUUUUUAUUCGAGCCGAGUAG